UCAUUUUGCAGUGAAUAUAGAUAGCGAAGCAUUCCGAUUUGGAUCCUAUGACGCAGCCAAAAAGACGACGCCAAUACAUUGGGCAAUCCAAAUGGAGAGCAUCGAAAUAGUAAAGCAUAUGUUGUCGAACGAAGCGCAUGCCGUAGAGCAGCGCGAUCCAUCCGGAUCAACCUUGCUACACGCGGCGGCUGGGACGCGGAAUCGACAUCUGUGCGCUUUGCUACUCGAAGAAUAUCAUGCCAAUCCUGACGUCGUGGACCAAAAUGGAAACACGCCAUUGCAUCGGUGUCAGACACGUGACGGAGGUGUGCGAGUUGCCGAGAUGCUCCUCAAGCACUGUUCCAGCCUUGUUGACCGUCCUGAUGGCCUUGGUAAAACUGCGCUCUACCUAGCAUGCGAGAAGGGCAACGAGGAUAUGGUCAAGACUCUAUUAUCGAAUGGUCAAGCCAGACAUGAUAUUCCUGGGCCGGGAAAGUGCACGCCGCUCAUCGCGGCUAUCAAACUAGUAGCUCAACAAUCGCGAAAGAUCCCCAUUGUAGAACUGCUGCUACUCCACGGCGCUGAUCCGAAUAUAGCGGACGCGGACGGUCGAACAGCCGUUAUCACCGCAAAGAACGCAGGGCUAGCAGGCGAAGAAAUUAAAAACAUGCUGAGUUUGUUUCCACCUAAGAGAAGAAGCGCAGCCACCAUCAGUUUCAUAAGGAGCUCAGGUAAUGAGAGGAAAACGUCGAACAGCGGAUACACAAUUUAGCAGAGUUGAACCUGAACGGAUGAAGCGCAGGUAGUUUAGCAGUCAAUUUUCUGUAAAUA